AUGACAGCUUGCCAACAGAAAGGUAUCAACUUCCUUAGAGGGUGGAUCACUCAUGAGUUGCUGCCACGAGAGGAAAUCUUGAAAGCUACAUCAGCACUUUUAACUCCAGAGACCAGAGAAUAUGACGAUGAUAGUGAAAACAAACAUCCUCUGGCAUAUGGUUCGGACCCAGGUUCAGAAUGGGUAAGAAACGCUGUAUGCAACCUGAGCAACAAAGCUUUCCAGUUGGAAAACGAUGAGAAGAUCAAAAGCCGUGCCGAGUAUAUCAAUUUGACGUCCGGGGCGUCUUACGGCAUGUUAAACCUAUUGCUGCAAACCACGCUUCCUCAUACAGGCUACACAAGACAGGCAUUUGUGGUGACACCCACGUAUUUUUUGAUCAACGAAGCGUUCAUCGACGCUGGAUUUGGCGGGAAAAUCACUGCAAUCCGCGAAGAGGGCAACGGUCUGGAUUUGCAAAAGCUCCAGGAACGUUUGAAGCAUUUUGACAAGCUCCACGAGCAUGAAGAUCGCCGAGAUCAUCAACAGGUCGUCAACGCGCCACAUUUGAAGCCCAAAAAACUCUACCGGUACGUUAUAUACCUGAUCCCCACUUAUUCCAAUCCCAGUGGCAAGACCUACUCUCUGGAGUUCCGGGAGAAACUUAUCGAGCUUGCCCGUCAACACGACAUGUUAAUCAUUACCGAUGACGUCUACGACUUUUUGGACUACGAACAGCCAACUGAUCAGCUUCCAAAGCCAGUGUUAAGGUUUACGUACCUCGAUAGAGCCACUUUUCAGGGCUCUAGCCAAGAUUUCGGUAAUACCAUCGUCAACACCACAUUUUCCAAACUGAUUGCGCCGGGCUUGCGGUUCGGGUAUCAGGAGAGUGUUAAUGGAAACUUGACAGUACAAUUGGCCGCGGGCGGAGCCAACAAGUCCGGUGGUACACCUUCCCAACUCAAUUCCAUGAUUGUUGGGACAAUGAUUCAAAAUGGUGACUGUGCCAAGCUUGUCCAACGGACCCGGGUCGUCUUGGGUGAAAGAUGCCAGGUUCUUUACGACAGCAUCAAGAAGUAUCUACCGCGCAAAACCGAAUAUGAGCUUCAGAAAGGUGGGUAUUUUUCGUGGUGCACCCUUCCUGAAGGCUACGACUCCAAGGAAAUUUGCCAAUUGUUGGCUACUAAACACCAUGUGUCCAUACCUGAUGGUUCUCGUUUUGAGGUCGUGGGAAACCUUGUAGGCUGGGAGAGAAGCAGUGUCAGACUGAGUGUGAGUUACCUAAGUUCUCAAGAAAUUGAAAAGGCCGUCCGUCUGUGGGGUCAAGUGGCCAGAGACUACGCUCAAAAACAUGAUCUAGAGUUCUAA